CGGAAAUCGUUCGUCUCUCAUGUUUGGGAAUUCGUCGUGCAUGUGCCAGCUGCCCUUGGAGGUGCACUCCCAGGUGCCCUCGACAGCAACCAGGAUCGGUCUGGGUUCCUCACGAACAUCGUCCGUCCAGAGUCAUGGCCACCUUGGUGGAAAAGCCCUCGCAGGAUUCGGUGACGGCGCAUGCCCUUGAGGCUAACGUUCGUACGGCCGAUGCCACAGACGAACCGCCAGAUGGCGGUCUGCGUGCCUGGAUGUGUGUUGCCGGCGGAUGGCUCGCUUGCUUCUCAACGUUCGGCUACGCCAGCUCUUUCGGUGUGUAUCAAGACCUGUACACACUCACAGGCAUGUCCUCCGCCUCCAACAUAAGCUGGAUAGGCUCCCUGCAGCUCUGCCUGAUGUUCAUGCUUGGCAUCCUCUCCGGCAAGCUCCUUGACGAAGGGUACUUCCACCACGUCUGUAUCAGCGGGAGUGUGCUCUACGUCUUUUCGAUGUUUAUGCUCUCUCUGGCGGACACGAGCCGGUACUACCAGGUCCUACUCUCUCAAGGCAUCGGCAUGGGCCUUGGCGGAGGCUUGGUUCUUAUCCCAGCUAUCUCUGUACAGGCACAUCACUGGAAGAAGCGGCGCUCGCUGGCUAUGGGUAUAACUUUUACGGGCUCCUCUUCCGGCGGCGUCGUCUUCCCCAUCAUGAUAAACCGGCUCCUUCACAGUUCGAUCGGGUUUGCAUGGGGUACUCGUGCAUCGGCGUUCUUGAUCACGGGCCUGCUCGCCAUCGCGAAUUGCCUCAUGAGCACGCGCUUCCCAAACGCGAAGACACGCGCAAAUCGUCCGAAGCUCAACCUCAAAGAGAAGUUGACGGAUGCGCCGUUCAUGAUCACUGUCGCUGGGAUCUUCCUCAUUUGUUGGGGACUGUUCUUGCCUUACUUCUAUCUACAACUCUUCGUCACUCUACACGGUCUCUCCUCAACUUUUGCCUUUUACACCCUGGCGAUCCUGAACGGCGCCUCGACAUUUGGUCGCACACUGUUAAACUCGCUUGGAGACGUGUACGGACCGUUGAACCUUCUCUGCGCCGCCGCAGUCGUCACAGGGGCCCUCAUCUUCGCCAUGUUCGGCGCCUCGAAUACCGCAGGCGCAGUUAUCUUCGCUAUUGUGUACGGCUUCUUCUCUGGUGGAUGGCUCUCCCUCCUGCCGCCCUCGCUGGCGCUCAUGUCGAAGGAUAUCAACGAGAUUGGUGUUCGUAUAGGCGUCGCAUAUUUUAUCACAUCCUGGGCCAUGCUCACUGGAACACCUAUCGCCGGAGCGUUGUUCAUGGGUAAUAACUGGGGGAAGCCAAUAGCCUUCAGCGGGGUGAGCGAUCCAUUUUUCUGCAUCGGCCCUUGGGGCUUAGCGUGUGGUUGAAUGCUCUAGGUUGUAGCACUCGCUGGCGCAGCCUGUCUGAUCGUUUCGAGACAGAUGUAUGCCAAAAGACGGGGCACGCAGAAGAUCUGAGCUUCGUCAUGCUGGGCUCUUGGCUCCAAGUUGAUGGACAGUGUUUGCGCUUGUUUGCUACCUAGACAUGCUUGUAUCUAGACAUGCUUCGGAAUACAUGGGUUUGUGUUGCUGGCAC